UCCCCUCCUGGCUCGGCGGCGACUUCUAGUAGGUUUCCCUGUCCCCAUCUCGGGCCGCUGCCUGGGACUGGCUGCCCCCUUACUUCCGCCCGACAGUUCUUGGCUUCGGAGCUUACUUUCCGCCCACAGUUCUUGGCUUCGAAGCAUACUUCCGCCCACAGUUCUUGGCUUCGAAGCUUACUUCCGUCCACAGUUCGUGGUUUCGAAGCUUACUUCCGCCCACAGUUCUUGGCUUCGGAGCUACCCCCUUCCCCCAACAUUUCUCGGCUUCGGAGCUUCCCUCCGCCCCGCAGUUCUCGGCUUCGGAGCCGUCACACCCGCGCCAAUGCCUGUUCCCCUUUUGUGCGUCCCUGGCCCGAGCCGAGGAUCGCCCGGGGGAAGCCACGUGGCUUUUUAUUGUCACCUUCCUGUGUAAACGGUGUGAUUUUAAGAUCCACUUCCGCCGCCGCUGCCGCCGCCGCUCGAGGCGGAAGCUGAGUUCCCCCAGGUAGUGGAUUUGUCCCGGAUGGUGGUGGAGACACACAGAUUUGAACACCUGAGAGGGAGGAGUGCGUGAAUAAACUGAAGACCAGGACUCCCUGACAAACCUGUGCAGUUAGAGGAGGAAACUCAGAACAAGAUGGGUUCCUGUUUAAACAUCGUGACUUUAGGAUUUUUUUUUUUUUUUUGCACUUUAACAGAGAUGCGCGUUCAAACCUGAUGCGACAGAACCCUAAAGUCACGGUGUUAAACACGAACCUAUUUUCCUGACGCGUACUCAGUGAGUGUCUGUGUGAUUGACACUCUGAACGGCACAGUUUGUUGUUGUUGUUGUUUUGUUUUGUUUUCCUUUUAGGGUUUUUUAGGUACCCGAGUCCCCCCACCCCCCAUCCCCCCUAUCCCCGCUUCCGAGGUAGCUUUAAGUAUGUGAGUUCGAAGCCAUAUCCGACCGGGAGAGGCCGCCCCCCAAUCGGGUGAUGACAGGAGAUGUCCGCGACCUCCGAAGACGGGCAGUGGGGUGACAGGCAGCGCCCUCACCUUUCCACUGAGGCGCCAUCGCAGCGCAUUGUCAUUUAUCGAUCACGGAAAACUGACCGCAGAAUAAAUGAUCAAUAACAAAGAGACAUCUGAACGGCCAGGCCGCAGAGUUUUUCACUUUCCCUGGGGAAGCAGCUGCGGUCCUGGGAGAAGAUGUGGCUUCCCGAAGGUCACAGACGCAGCUGUUCAGAGAAGCAGGUCCUGAGCCCGGACCAUUAUACCCCAGCCCCGCAGGGUCGCACGUGGAGUGGUGCAAGCAGCUCAUCGCGGCCACGAUCUCCACACAGAUGUCAGGCUCGGUGACGUCAGAAAACGUGUCCAGGGAUUACAAGGAGCUACAGGAAGAACACAAUGGCUACCCUUCUGCAGCUGAAGCUGAUCAGGCUCUGAGGGAUGGAAAUAAACUGGCGCAGAUGGAGGAAGCUCCGCUUUUCCCGGGGGAGUCCAUUAAGGCCAUUGUGAAGGACGUCAUCUACAUCUGCCCGUUCGCGGGAGCCGUGAGUGGGACUCUGACAGUGACGGACUUCAAAAUGUUCUUCAAAAACGUGGAAAGGGACCCGCAUUUCAUCCUCGACGUCCCGCUUGGAGUCAUCAGCAGAGUGGAGAAGAUCGGUGCCCAGAGCCACGGGGACAAUUCCUGUGGUAUAGAGAUUGUGUGCAAGGACAUGAGGAACCUGAGACUCGCGUAUAAGCAGGAAGAACAGAGAAAACUUGGGAUAUUUGAGAACCUCAACAAGCACGCUUUUCCUCUUUCCAAUGGACAGGCGCUGUUUGCGUUCAACUAUAAAGAGAAGUUUCCAGUUAACGGCUGGAAAGUCUACGACCCAGUGUCUGAAUACAAGAGACAGGGCCUGCCAAAUGAGAGCUGGAAAAUAUCCAAAAUCAACAGUAAUUAUGAGUUCUGCGAUACCUACCCUGCCGUCAUCGUUGUGCCAACGAGCGUGAAAGAUGAUGACCUUCUGAAAGUGUCAGCCUUUCGAGCAAAGGGCAGAGUCCCUGUGUUGUCGUGGAUUCAUCCGGAGAGUCAGGCCACAAUUACACGUUGCGGCCAGCCAUUGGUGGGUCCCAACGAUAAACGCUGCAAAGAAGAUGAGAAAUACCUGCAGACCAUCAUGGAUGCCAAUGCGCAGUCACAUAAACUCACUAUCUUCGAUGCCCGGCAGAACAGCGUUGCCGAUACUAACAAGGCGAAGGGCGGCGGAUAUGAAUGUGAAAGCGCUUACCCUAACGCGGAGCUCAUCUUCCUGGAGAUACCCAACAUUCACGUGAUGAGGGAGUCACUCCGUAAGUUGAAGGAGGUCGUGUACCCUGCCAUCGACGAGUCGCACUGGCUGUCCAAUGUGGACGGGACGCACUGGCUGGAAUACAUACGGGUCCUUCUGGCUGGGGCAGUGAGAAUUGCGGAUAAAAUAGAGUCUGGGAAAACGUCUGUGGUCGUCCACUGCAGUGACGGCUGGGACCGCACGCCCCAGCUCACAUCUCUGGCAAUGCUCAUGUUGGACAGUUACUACCGAACCAUCCCAGGGUUCGAGGCCCUCAUAGAAAAGGAGUGGAUAAGCUUUGGACACAGGUUUGCACUGAGAGUGGGCCACGGUGACGACAACCACGCUGACGCUGACCGGUCGCCUAUAUUUCUCCAGUUCAUUGAUUGCGUUUGGCAGAUGACAAGGCAGUUCCCUUCGGCAUUCGAGUUUAACGAGUUGUUCCUGAUCGCAAUUUUGGAUCACCUGUACAGCUGCCUCUUCGGGACCUUCCUGUGCAACUGCGAGCAGCAGCGUGUCAGAGAGGACGUCUGUGCAAAGACCCUGUCGCUGUGGUCCUACAUCAACAGCCAACUCGACGAAUUCUCCAACCCCUUCUUCGUGAGCUACGACCACCACGUGCUGUAUCCGGUCGCGAGUGUUAGCCGCUUGGAAUUGUGGGUAAAUUACUACGUACGGUGGAACCCACGGAUGAGGCCGCAGAUGCCGAUCCACCAGAACCUGAAGGAGUUGCUGGCCGUCAAGGCCGAACUGCGGAAGCGGGUGGAGGACUUGCAGCGGGAGGCGGCCGCGCGGACCGUCCCGUCGUCCUCUGAGAGGGGCCCCUCGCCGACCCACUCAGCUCCUCCUGUGCACACCUCAGUCUGAUGAACGGAGCCAGCGUCCUGGGCCAUCUUGCUGCUCUCCUGUCUUCUGGUGGCUCAGGGACCCGGCCAUGGACACCAUGGUUCCAGCACCGUCUUAGCUCUUAGGCCGGAGACCGCAGCACAGCCCAUUGUGCAGCCUGUUCCGGCACUGGAGGUCGCAGCAGGUUCCCAAAGACGCACUGAAUGCUUGGUCUUCCAGCCUGCAGGUGAACUGAGUACUCUGCAUUUGGCGGCCUCCCGCCAUGACACUUCUCUAAAGGGGGAAGCCUCGAAGAUGGUGCUGACCUCUCAGCGCCUGUGGAGGUGGCUGGCGCUGACAUCAAAUCGCGUCUAACCUUGCCUGCUGGACGCCCGGAAGUCUCGUUUCCGUCUGUCGCGGUCUCUUCUCGGUGGGAUUACGUCACUUCCAGUCCAUCCUUUAAGGCAGUGCAGCCUGGGUGGAAAGCGAGCGUAGCGUGCUCUUCCUCCGUUUCCCCUCGGACCCAGCCUGGGCUAACGCAGGCUUUUCUCCAGUGAGCUCUGCUACUUCAUCCAUCUGCUUCACCGCCGCCAUUUCCAUUUCUGGGCGUCGUCAGGUCCGUCCGAGCUGGAGGUGUGUUUGAGGCUGACCGCGUGGCUGAACUUCAAUUCCCAGACGCCUCUGCGCCCCGGACUCGGCCAACGGUUUCCCAGCGGCCUCACGGGUGAACGGCUGUGAGAGGUGGCUUCGGUCACCGUGUGGCUGAACUACAAUUCCCAGAGGCCACUCAGUCGUGCACAUCGACCGCCAUCUUCAAAACGUAUUCUUAAAGGUUUUUUUUUUUUUGUUUUUUGUUUUUUUUUUAAAUACAGCCACGUACAUGGGAAAUAGAUGUUUCAGCCCGGAACCUUCCGGGCAGGACAGGAAACUGCCAGACCGGAAGUUACUGUAGACAUUCGUUCCGGGGAAUUUGGUGAGCUGCGCCCGGGUCUCCAUUUUUGUCAGGAUAAACCGCCGUAUCCGAGGUCGGAGAAGCUGAGAGUUCGGGGUCGGCUUUGGCUGACUUCCGGUACACUGGAACCCGGGCUCAAAAUCAAUGCUGGAUAGCAAAGAAAACGUGAACCCCGAUAUUUUUUCUUCGUAUGCUUUUUAAGGCUGGGGGCGUUGCCCAUCUCUUUUCCCGGAGACGUCGGGUAAUUUCCUGGCAACCCCAUGUGUUGCACAUAGAGCGGACCGAUGGGGUUGGGACAGAAGCGGAGAAGCCAUGGCAGCGGCGGCUGCGCGGUGAGGUCGGGUAGCCUGAUGGGUGGCUGUGAACGGGGGAACCCAGGUCCCGGUCCAGCCACGUCCCCCAAGCCGCACCCCGAAAAAUGUCUCGUCUGAGGCACGGUCCCAACCCGCGAAUAAAGCGAUGAUAUUUGCCCCGCCCCCA